AUGAAUAAUUUAUAUAAAAGAUUUUUUUUUCAUUCAAAAAUAUUAAAUAAAUAUAUUUUAUAUGAAGGGAAUGCUAUAACAAAGCAUAAUUACAUAUAUAUGAAAAGGAGGGGCUUUUUUUUUAAAACACAAAAAAACAAUAUAAUAAAAAAUGAAAUUGAAGAAAUUUUAAAGAAUGAAAAUGCAGUAUCUAUGGAAGAAAUGAAAAAAAGUUUAAAUAUAAAAGACGAUGAAGAAGAAGAAAAAAAAAAAAAGUACGAGGAAGAAAGAAAAAAAAAAUUUAUACAUAAAAAAGGAAAAUUCAAAAGAUUGAUUAUAUUUAUAGGAUUUCAAAGUGUUCCAAUAAUUUGUUUAAUGUAUUUAUUUAAAUAUUUAGAAGAUGCAAAAUUAUCGGAAUUAAAUUAUUCUUUUAAUUCAUCAGAAGAUAUAAUUAAUGAAACUCUAAAAUUAAUUGAAGGAUCUUCUAAAUGUUUUUGUUUGUAUUUUAAUAAUAAUCAAAUUAAUACAUUUUAUAUUGAACCCCUUAACCCAGAAGAAUCAGAAGUAAAUUAUGGAAAUGAAUUAGAACAUGAAAAUAAUUAUUCCAAUAAAGGAAAUCAAAAUAACAUAAUCAAUGUUCAUGAAAAAGAAAAAAGAGCUCUUAAUGAAAAAAAUGAAGAAAAUAUUAAAGAUUUUCUGUAUUCUUUGAAUAAACCAUUAAUGCAAAAAGUCAUGAGAUCAAAAAGUUCGGUUGGAUUGCCUUUAAAUUAUUUAUAUUUUAGUACUUCAAAAAACUCAGAUAUACAUAAUUUUUUAAAAACAAAAAAAAGUGAUAUCACAUUAUUAUAUUCAGAUGAUAAAAAAAAUGUUUAUGCCACAUUAUAUGGAAAUGCUUCAAUAAUAGAAAGUGAAGAAAUCAAGAAUGUUGUAUGGAAUGAUAAAUGGUCUUAUAUUAUAUCUGAUAAUUAUAAAGAAAAUUAUAUUUUAAUUAAAUUUACUCCGUCAACAGUAUCAUUAAAAACUAUAGGUUUAAAAGAUGAUCAUUGGAAAAAUAAUAUUGUUAAAAAAUCAAUUAUUAAUGAUAAUAUAUCUUGGGUGAAAAUAUAA